UGCAGUAUUGAGAAUGAUUGUGAUCCAUGCCGUGGGGUCCGGGUCCCCAUCCCGUCACAGGAGGCGGUGCAUGAAGGGGGUCCGGUGGGGUGUCCUCCUAGGACUGAUGGUCCUGAUCUAUGGCUCCCAUGCCCCCCUUAUCGCCCUCACCAAGGUGGAUGGGCAGGUUCCCUUCAGCUCCUCCUCCUGUGUGGUUCUGAUAGAGUUAACCAAGCUUUUGGUGUCCCUGGCCACUCUGCUCCUGACUGGGGACCUGUCUGCCCUGCACGCACCCCUGGCCCUCGUGGCCCCCUACGCAGUCCCAGCCUUACUCUACGCCUUCAACAACAACCUGGUGGUCCUCAUGCAGGUCUACAUGGACCCCAGCUCCUUCCAGGUCCUCAGCAACCUGAAGAUCGCCUCCACGGCCCUGCUCUACACCUCCUGCCUGGGGAAGAGGCUGCGGUCCGCCCAGUGGCUGGCCCUGGGGAUCCUCAUGGGGGCCGGGGUGUGUCACAGCUACAGCAGCCUGGAUCUGGAGGACUCAGGGCAAACUGAGGACCAGGCGAGUUCCAGGCUUCACAUUACAGCCUGGGGCCUAGUUCUAGUGCUGGUUUACUGCUUCAUCUCAGGGCUGGCGGCCGUCUACACAGAACGGGUGCUGAAGAGCCAGCGACUACCCCUCAGCCUGCAGAACGUGUACCUGUACGUGUUUGGAGUGGCCAUCAACUUGGUCUCCCACCUCUCCAGCAUGGGGGGAGAACAGGGUUUCCUGGAGGGUUACUCAGGGGCGGUGUGGGCCAUUGUGGCGGGGCAGGCAGCUAACGGGCUGCUGAUGUCAAUAGUGCUAAAGCAUGGCAGCGGCAUCACCAGGCUGUUUGUCAUCUCUUGCUCUAUGCUGGUCAAUGCUCUGCUCUCCUGGGCCCUGCUGGGCCUGCAGCUCACCCCCCUCUUCCUGUUACCUACCUCUAUGAUUGGCCUGGCAGCCUAUCUGUACUACAGGUAGCAGAAUUCUGCCUAUACCUACCUGUAUUGGGUACAGUGGACCCCUGCUAACUGACUCCCAUUCCACCGCAACACCACAAUCUCUGGCAGCACUGUUUACCAGAUGAUGCGUUGACAUUAAGGUUGGAACGUUUUUUGGUUGGAGUGUGUUUUCUUUUCCCUUUUGAAAUGCAUUUUUAUUUUAGUGAUUCAUAUACAGUAUUUUUCAUUUAAUGUCCCAAAUGGUCCAUUUAGUUUGAGUUAUUUGAAGUUUCUAAUUUGAUCGUUGAUUAAGCAAUCGAAGCUGCACUUUAGCUGAGACUUACAGAGCCCUUCAUCACACCGUCACUGGUUUAUCUGUUACGCGUAAUGUACUGCCUUCUUUUCACUUGCCUUUGAUUUCCAGGUCAAUCAAUUCUGCCAUAUUCAUUCAAGCCUUUUCUUCAAUAUAUCAUGGGUAGUUGGGUUUGAGUAAUAAGUCUCCAUUAUUUCUACAUGGUUACACAACACUUCUUAAGAGUGGUGCUAUGAUUGUCAGUAUGGUCAUUUUAUUAGCAUUUAUCAUUACCUCUGCCAACGUCAAAGGGUACAGUAUGGUACAGAAAGUGUUUAUGCAAUACUAUAUAAUAAAGUGAAAUAUUUCAAAA